CCAGAGCCUUUACCCAACAGACCCUUGCGAGGGGAGAGAUCCUCCACCAACUCUCAUAGAGAUCCUCCACCCGCCAGACAAGCCCACAACCUUGGAAAGGGUGAUAAUAAUACUCUGUCUGACCAUGGCUUCCUCGAGCAGUUCAAACUCGGAGUCAAUCAGGAACCCCCCAAAACGGAACAAAACCCCCAGGAAGAAACAAGCCUGCCUGAAGAUUCCGAUGAGAUCUUCCAGAAGAUGAAGGAAGGAGGUCUCAUUCCUAACGCCGUCGCCAUGCUUGACGGCCUCUGCAAAGAUGGGCUUGUACAGGAGGCCAUGAAGCUUUUCGGGUUGAUGCGUGACAAGGGUACAAUCCCUGAGGUCGUUAUCUACACUGCUGUCGUCGAGGGCUUUUGCAAGGCUCAUAAAAUUGAGGACGCUAAGAGGAUUUUCAGGAAAAUGCAGACCAAUGGGAUCUCCCCAAAUGCCUUCAGUUAUGGUGUCUUGGUUCAGGGAUUGUAUACUUGCAACAUGCUAGAUGAUGCUGUUUCUCUCUGUGGUGAGAUGCUCGACGCUGGUCACUCUCCCAACGUCCCCACUUUCGUUGGAUUGGUUGAUGCAUUGUGCAGAGAAAUGGGCGUCGAACAAGCUCAGUUGGCUAUCGAUGGAUUUAACCAAAAAGGAUUUGCUGUUAAUGCUAAGGCUGUCAAGGAGUUCAUGGACAAAAGGGCCCCCUUUCCGUCUUUGGCUUGGGAAGCCAUAUUCAAGAAGAAACCAGUCGAGAAAACCUUCUGAUUGUCCUAUCACUUACGCACUGCUUUUAUUUAGGUAUGCCGUCUCCAUAAAAAAUGUUUUCUUUACUUGUAAUAACAAGCUUGGAAGAGAUAAUCAAUCUGCGAGUUUCCUACUUCAACUUGUGAGUGUUUUCCAUUUUGCUUGGAGUCUGAUAUCAAGUCUUCUCCUUUGUCUUCUAAAAAGUGUACUUGUAGAUGUAAUUCAUAGAUUGAGCCCCCCCUAUUCAUGCCAAGGGUCAUUGCCUGUUUUCAUGCAUUCUAAUACUAAUUGCAAGUUCAAUGAAUAAGAUGCUUGAGUGAGAAGAGUGGUAGAUUUAGCAUUUUCUUGGUGGCAUAAGGUGUCAAAUUAUGCUUGAGGUUUAUCAGUCAAUUUUGUUGUGACUGUUGCAAUGAUACUGUGAACAAUGGUGAUCCUCUCAUAUCUGAGACUGGGACACUAGGCAUAAAACUACAUUAUUCUCCAAAGGUACUGCUGAUCUGAGGUUCCGGACUGUAUUGAAUACAAAUCUGGUACAGCAAAAUGCUUGGAGUCAACAUUAAAAUAGUUUUAUGAUUCACUC